AUGAGGAACAAUAUCAGCUAUCAAGAUAUAGCCAAUCAUAUAGAUGAUUACCUUAAAUCAAAGACAUUAUUCACAUCCUUUAAUAAUCAGGAGAUCUUUCACGUAUUUGACUACAUGAAAGUUAAUGGAGAUCAAGCCCUUCAAGUAUUAGAGCAAUGUAAGGGAUACAUGAAUCCAAAUGAAGUAUUUGAGAUGCUUCGCCACUGGAAAAUUAACUUUGGCUGGGAUGCCAACAAGGUUGCAACAAUUUCAUUGUUAGUUUCUGAACUCACAGAUUGUCGUUUUAUUAACGACUACAUCAGGUACUUUAUUAAGAGAAUUAUGGACUUUUAUGAGAGUUCAAUAAAAGGAGUUAAAACAGCUCAGAGAAAAAUUGACAAGAAAGAUAAGGAAAUUAAAGAACUUAGACAUGAAAAGGCUGAGCUAUUCCAGAAGAACGAAUAUCAGCAAGAUCAGAUAGAGAUGUACAUUCAAAUCCAACAUGCACACAUCAAUUUCUUACUUGAGCAGGCAGAGAAGAUUGAAGUGGCAGAUUUCCGUCUGAAUAACUAUAAGAAGAUAGUUGAGCAGAAGAAUGAAGAAAUUGAGGGCCUCAAACAGUCUUUGGCUAACACUAAUAGUGAAUUGAAGAACAUUAAAAAUUUAUUAAAAGCUCAAGGUAAUAAUCAGGACGCGGCUUCUUCAAACCAUAAGAUAAAGUCAAGCAAAUCUCAGACUGAUUUUCCAAAACAGCAAAUCAGUACAAUGAGAUGUGUGAUGGCAAACCCUACACAAGUUUACAUACCAGAAACACCUAAUAAUCCAAAUGGUUAUCAAAUCACCAAUACAGAUUUGGCUCAAGACCAAAAAGUGAAUAAUCUAAUUAACAAUCAAAAGGCGAAAGUAACCAUGAAGAUUACUUAA